AUGGCGAAACACCUCACUCCAUCGACUACACCGCCGGCAAAAAGAUCUCUCGCACAAGAAGCUAUCAAUGCCAUGGAAAGUCCGAGCCCGGCGCCUGCGGACCCUGGCUCGUACGAGCUUGUCAACAUGAACCGAGACCUGAUGCGAUUCGCUGAUGCCGAUACGUUUACAUCACGGAGAUCAUAUCCGUCGCUGACGAGGAGUGGUGUUGCCCCUUCGCAGCCUUCUGCACCUGAUCAAAGGUUGAUAGACGACGGAGUAGAGCUGCUGAACCAGAUACUGGACUUCGUGUCCGAGAUUGGGCUUUUCUUGCUGGACUUGGAGCCUAGUGGAGUAGACAUUGGCUGUAUCGACGUAUUAGGCGCGGUGGCAUGGAAGUCUAUUAGCAAACUCCUUCACCGGCUCCUAGAUGAUCGCUCUCCAGCAAAGUUGGAAUCUGCCUCGCGAGCAAUAUCUGAGCAGACGUCUCUGCCCCUUGUGUUUCCUCCGACAGCUGCGGACGGCGCACUUGACUCUAUGCUUUCGCCGGAGAACAUGCGAUGGGAAGUCGUGGGCAUGUGGGCUGCGUUAGUCGGCAUCUGGCUGGGUGGCGAGAAAGACCGAUCGCUUGGAUUCGCCGUUCAGAAGGGGUGGAAGUCAGAUCGAAAAACCCUGAUGCAGACGGUAUUCGGAGCUUGCACACGUUGCGAGUCUCUCUGUAAUCGCAUCGGCGCCGUUAACGAUUUGAUGCUGUGGUUUGUGAUACAAAUGCUGCUGUUUGCGACGUGGUGUUACGGCGAUGACUCCUAUCACGUCUUUCGCCUGAUGGGCUCCUUGACCUCUGUGUUCCUCGCGCUCGGUUAUCACAAAAGGGUGCAAGAAGAUCAUGUAACACCGCUCUACUUGGUCGAGAUUCGGAGAAGAAUCAUCUCUUGGGCACAUGAUCACGACAAGGUCGGCGCCUGCUUCACCUCGCGACCUCCUCGACUCAGCCAUCACUUUUGUGCGUUCGACUUGCCACUUGAUAUACCCGACUCCGCCAUUACAGGGCCUGCCGAAGCCCUCCGCGAGGCAGCCGCCAACCUCGAUGAACAUGGUUGGAACACACAAGGCGAGAUAUACCGAGGAGCCCGCCUGCGUGUGACGCUGCUGUUCUCUCCAAUCUUUGAAGAAGCGCUCGAGCUCAAGAAUGGCCACACUACACGGUCUACACCCGAGCUCGUUGUCAAGGCAAGAGACGCCUUAGAGAGGAUUUCCUUGACCUGGCAGUCUAUUCCACAGCAAAUUAGGUUCGCAGCUAAUCACGCGCAGCGGCUGACGGACGAAGACACGCCUAUUGUGAUGACACAGGCCCUGCGGCUCCAUUAUCUUUUCAUAGAAUUUAUCCUCUACACGGUACUUGCCAAUGCGGGCGAGAGUGAGCACGAACGAGUCAUAGCAACCGCCCACGAGGUUGUAUCUCUUGUCCUUUUACCUACCCGGCAGCGAGAGGCAAUGGACAGCCGCCGGUCAGACAUUGAAUGGACUUUGGUGUUCUUCGCCAUGCCUUGUGCCAGCGUUCUGGUAUUGGAACUUUUAUGGCAGGCGCAGCAUCCAGGAGAGUUGCACAUCCACAACCGCAGCGGCAUCAUUCAAGAUAUCAGUGUCCUGAUAUCCUGCUGUGAGUCGCUGACCGAGCAGGGCCAAAACAACUAUGCGAUAUGCAAGCAAGCCCAGACAAUCUUCUCCAAAAGCCUUGACUCCAUUCUGAACCAGAACAGUGCUGCCGGGGCGUCUUUGGGCAACCAUUUGCAGCAAUCGGUGUCCUCCCAGCAGCAGCAGCAGCUGGCCUUUGAGGGCGAUGCCUUUUCCACUCAGCUCAGUGAAGAUCCCAUUCCGGACUGGACGUCCUGGCUCGAGUCAGUCGGCCUCCAGGCUGAUCCAUGGCUGGACUCCAUCACAUGGCCAGCGGACUUUCCAGCAGAUCCGCUCCCAUGA